UCAUCAUCAUGCGACGAGCGGAAACGCAUGCGGAAAGCGCAGAGAGGAAUGUGUCUCUGCUAGGCAAAACGUGUUUCUACGUUAAUUUGUUGGAAACAUGGCGCCGGUACAACAAGAACCAGAGAUCCAGUUCGCUCAAAGAUUGGCUUCUAAUGAGAGGCCCAUGCGAACAAAAGCCAUCAAGAAGCUAAGAAAAUAUAUUCGUGUUAGGUCACAGAAAAUCCAAGGUGGGUUUGAAGGUGACGAGUUACUCAAACUAUGGAAAGGCCUCUUUUAUUGCCUGUGGAUGCAGGACAAGCCACUUCUUCAGGAGGAGCUGUCGAAUCAGAUCUCUGGCCUGAUACACAGCUUCCAGAACAUCCAGAGCCAGUUUAUGUUUCUGGAGACCUUCCUGCAGACCAUCAAAAGAGAAUGGACCGGCAUUGACAGGCUUCGCAUGGAUAAGUUCUUCCAGCUGGUUCGUUUCGUGUUCAGGAACACUUUUGAGAUGAUGAAGAGGAAAGAAUGGGAGACCAGUGUGGUGACCAGGUUUCUGGAGCUCCUGACUGCCCAGGUCCUCCACAGCUCCAGCGGAGCUCCCUGUGGAUUACAGUUCCACAUACUGGACAUCUAUAUGACUGAGCUGGCUGCAGUCGGCUCAGCUGAGCUCACAGCGGCUCAGAACAUGACAUUCAUCGACCCUUUCUGCAAAACAGCGUCUAAAACGAAAGAUCGCAUCUUGCUCAAGGCUAUCUGCAGCAGCAUUUUCAGCGCCAUCGUGGACCAGGCUCCCUUUGCCAUCGAAGACCUGUUGAAGGAAGUGAAGGCUACAGGUGGAGGGGCUGAGGAGUCCGACUCGGGACAGGCUUCUGAAGAGGAGGGGCUAGAGAAAGAUCCCCCCAAGGGCAAAAAAACUGCAAAGGAAGCCCUCAAGAAAACCACUGGAGGGCAGACCAACGGUACUGUAUCAACUGAGGAAGAAGAUGAUGAUGAUGAGGAUGGUCUGGGCGAUGAAGACGAUGACGAAAUGCUUCAUAUGGAGAGUGACUCUGAGUCUGAGAUGCCAGAUGACGCGGGGAUCGGACCUGUUCUCCAGUUUGACUACCUUAGCCUGGCAGACAGGCUGUUUGGGCUAGCCAGACGCAGCAACACCCCUAGCCACAACAGACAGAGACUGUACAAAGUCGUCAAGACUCUCCGGGAUCUCAGUGAAGGAGUCUUUCCACAGGAUGAGUACCCAGAGGAGGUGUCGACAGAUGAGGAUGAUGAUGAAAUGUUUGGCAGCAGAAAGAGGAUGAAACGAGGACGAGGCUUCGGGGAGGAGGAGGAAGAAGAGAGCUCACCAGCCAAGAAAUGGAAAGGCAAGAAAAAAGACUCCAAAGCAAGAACGUCUGACCAGACUGCCGCAACAGAUGACAGCAAACCAGCAGAGACUCCCGGAGACUCCAAUAACAAGAAGAAGAAGAAGAAGAGGAGGAAGAAGACGACUGGAGAGGUGAAGACUGAAGAGCAGAACGGGGUGGCGGCGAAGUCGGAGGUUAAGGUUGAGAAGGACACAACUCCUGCUUCUGUACCGCAGAUGACAGACUCUAAAGAAGCAGAGACGGAGCCCUCUAUCCCAGCCAAGGGCACCGAUACAGGAGCGUCUCUCCUGAAGGAGAAGGCAAAGGUGGUAGCCAUGGAGACAGGGGUCCAAUCAGGAACUCCACAGGAUGUAGUGGUAGGUAACCUGUCAUCUGUCACAGUCAUGGAGGUAGACCAGAAGAAACAAUCAGAAACUCCGGUACCAGACGCCACAUCUUCCAAGAAGAAAAAUAUCAAGAAGUCCAAAACGCCUGCACCGAAGCAGAAGGAAGAGGUAGCAGAACCAGCAAAGUCUGCCCCUGAGACUGCUACUACCACCCCAAGCAGGAGAAAAAAUACCAAGCAGGAGCCUGAGGAGCAGACCACCGUAGAGGAAGUUGAAAUGGCGUUAGAAACAGUAGACGAGACCACGGCCACCCCACCGAAGAAUAAGAGGAGGAGGAGGAGGAACAAGGUUAAACGGAACGCUGAGACAGACACAACACAGGUGGACCUUGAACCAGACUCUACCCCAGCCGAGGAGCCUCCAGUUGACCUCCGCAUCGCUGCCACUCCCCUGAAAAAGAAGAAACUAAAGGUGGCAAAGGCGGGAGAGGAGAGCGCCGGGGGUGAAACACGGCCAGGAACUGAAGCAGACGUCCUUGUUGUAGACACCAAGGUGGAGCCGGCGUGUGUCGCUACAUCAACCUCGCUCAAGAAGAAGAAGAAGAAACAUGCCACGGCCGAAGAACAGAGUGUAGAGGCCGAAUGUCAAACCCCGCCGAAAGCAGACGCAAACCUCACACUGAUCGACGCUGAGGUACAGACGCUGGAGGCCGCCACACCUACCCCACUCAAGAAUAAGAAACAUGCCACGGCUGAGGUACAGACGCUGGAGGCCGCCACACCUACCCCACUCAAGAAGAAGAAACAUGCCACGGCUGAGGUACAGACGCUGGAGGCCGCCACACCUACCCCACUCAAGAAGAAGAAACAUCCCACGGCUGAGGUACAGACGCUGGAGGCCGCCACACCUACCCCACUCAAGAAGAAGAAACAUGCCACGGCUGAGGUACAGACGCUGGAGGCCGCCACACCUACCCCACUCAAGAAGAAGAAGAAGAGCUCUGGACUGGUAGCGCAGGAGCUAGAGACCACGACAGUGGAGGAGAGCGUGUCAGAGGAGCAGCCUACAGAUGCUGACCUGGACACGUCCCUGAAGAAAGGGAAGAAGAAGAGGAAGGUCCCGGUAGUGAUAGAGUUCGAGGCUGAGGUCAACGGGAUGGCUGGAGGCAAGAAAGCCAAACUGAGCAACGACAGCAGAGAGCUUUCCACGCCGGUGAGCGCCAAGAAAACAAAAAAAAUGACGCCCAAGAAGGCAGGGGCGGAGUCUGACUUCAUCACGUUCCAGAACCAUGCCACCAUCCCUACUCCCCUUUUCUUCAAGACCACCAAGGGAAGUCCCAGCACACCGCUAUCCAGCAAGAAGAAGAAGUGUCCGACUCCAAAGUCCGAAUCCAAGAAGGUUACCUUUGGACUCAAUAAAAACAAAACCGCAGGAUCCCCAGAGUUCAGGAAGACUGACCGCAGCCUGCUGGUGAGUCCAGAGGGGUCGUCCCGAGUGCCCUUUGACCCCCAGCAGAAGCCCCUGUUUGGGGUCCUGAAGUCCCCAGAGGCCUCUCUUACCAAAAGCACUAAGAAGACCAAGAGCACCCUGAAAACCACCCCCAAACGCCCCACCGCGGCUGACUUCUUCUAGUCUUCUGUGAGGAGACUGGUGAGACAGAUGACCGUCCCACCCCCACUGUUUGUCUGCCAGGAAUAUAUAAUUAUAAACUGAAUAUCCACAGAUUCCCCCGUUGGGAAGAGAGUGAUCUUGAUAUACAAAUGUUUUUUUUGUUUUUUUUUGUCAUUUCAAACUUCCGUGUUUUGCUGUUCUGUGGGUGAGCAAGUUUUCAAAUAAAGACUCACUUCCUCAUUUUAGUGAACCUGUCGAAC